AUGGUUCUCUUGUUCUUUCGCAUGGCAGAAGUCCACAAGAUACCACAUAGCACCACUGAAACGAUAUUCUCUGAUUUCAAGACGGUGGUGAAAAACAUUCUUUUCAACUUCGCCACAGAGAUAAAACGAAAGACUCAUCAAGAAGGCGACGGUACAAGCCAAGAAAUUGACACGCUUCAAAACUGUGACUUUAUAGAAGAAGUGUUUGAAUGCACCAGCAACAAAUACCAACGAGAAAAAUAUGCAAAGGAAAACAUGCCUUAUGUCAGGCCACAACAGCUGUCUCUUGAAGAUGGUGGAAAUUUUCAGUAUAUUCCGGUGAUCAAUGUAUUGCGCAACCUAAUGAUGUCGGAAUACUUCUGUGCUCACCUGAGCGAUUUCGCUGCAGACCAAAAUGAAGGAACACAUUUUUAUGACUUCCGUGAUGGGUUGCUUCUCAAGAACAAGAUUAGUGAUUUACUACAAGGGGGCUCUCAAUUCACUCUUUUCUUCCUGAUCUACACUGACGAGGUUGAAAUAGCUAACCCUCUGGGACCGAAACGUGGACAGCACAAACUCAUAGUUGUGUAUUUAAGCGUACUCAACAUUCAUGCAAAGUAUAGAUCACAACUGAGCAGCAUUUUCGUGGCAGUGGUGGCAAAGUACAAAUAUGUGCAGCGGCAUGGCCUGGCCAGAAUCAUGAAGCAGCUCGUGGAUGACUUGCGUGUCCUUGCUGAUGUCGGAUUUACUGUGCAGCACAGUGGCAACACCGUGAGAGUUCGCGGGUUCGUUGUGGCCUGCUGUGGAGACAACUUGUCACUGAACAAGUUGGGGGGCUUCAACACCUCUUUCAGCAAGGGACAUUCCUGCCGUUGGUGUCUUGUUUCAAUGGAGGACAUACAAGCAGUUUUCCACGAAAAGAACGUGCAGCACCGAACAAUGGACAUGCACAUGAGUCACGUGGCGGCAGCUCUCAGUGACUCUAACCUUUCUAAGAGACUUUAUGGCGUGGGAGAGCAGUCACUACUGUUAGGCAUACAUUACUUUGACUUGAGUCUUCAGCUUCCACCUGACCUCAUGCACGAUGUACUUGAAGGAGCUAUUCCACAUGUUCUUCGUGAGGUACUAAAUGGGCUGAUCAGUGAUAGUGUGAUAUCGUUUUCGGAUCUGGACAGGGUGGCAACGUUUAAUUAUGGCCAUCAUGAGAAGAAACAGAAGCCAGAACCCUUAACAAGACAUUUUGUGCAAGGUCAAACAGGGUACAAAGGAACUGCUUCCCAGAAGUGGUGUUUGUUUUACGUAUUCCCGCUUGUGUUUGCAGAACUCAUCCCCGAGGGCAAUGAGCACUGGGAAAUUUAUCUUCAGUUGAGAGGCAUAGUGGAAAUAAUUUUUGCAGAUGAAUUGCUAAAAGACUACUUGGCCUAUCUCCAAGAUGAGAUUAGGCUCUUCCUUUCUGCCUUCUCUGCAAUGUAUCCUGGUAAAAUGAUACCGAAGAUGCAUUUUCUACUCCACUAUCCUCGGGUUAUCAGUGAACUGGGCCCGUUGAAGCAGUAUUGGUGCAUGCGCUUUGAAGCGAAGCACCAGUACAUCAAAAUGAUUGCAACACCAGAGCUUCAAAAAUAUUUGCUACUCAGUAGCAGCGAGGCACCAGCUCUUGCAGAGCAUUGA